AUGAUUGACUAUAGAAACUUCGUGCCUCAAAUGCCUUUUGUGCCAUCAGUUGCAAAAUCACUGCCAAAGAAAAGAAUUUCACUGAGAAGAUCUAAGAAGAGUUUAAGAAACAUGUUUAAUUUGAAAAGAAACAAGCAACAAGACACCAUAUCAGAAGACGAGAGGCUUCAAAUAGUAAAUCUUGAAUCAAACGGAGGAAAAAUAGUCCAAAAACAGUGUCAGUCUAAUGUUGGUGAAAUGCAUUCCGAUGAGCUCUUAGCUUCAGAGUUCCCUGACCGUGAAAUGUACAUUGAUUCCUUCAAAGCACUGUGUGAAGACGUGGCAUCUCUGAAGAGCUUUGAUUCACUAACUGGCUGUGGAGAAAUCUUUGCAGAUGAAUGUUCCUCUUUUAUUGAUAUAGAAAACUGCAGAGUUACAUUUAUUUCAAAGCCAAGUCCCAUAGCUGCUAAUUUCCAAGGUGGAGGAGAGAGGCUUGCCUCACCGGCCAAAUCAGAAUCUAUAGAUUUCUCCAGAUUCCAUGGACAUGCAAAGUCACUGCCAACAAAUUUAAGUUCAAAUGGACUUUUUGAAGCUAUAUCAUUGCCCGAUUCCAAUGAUACAAUCAGAAAAGAAACUGACAGCAUUAUGUCAAGGGACCAAGUUUCUUGUUCAUCCUAUAAUGAUCUCAUGUCUUCUAGUGAGAACAUUAAUGACCCAGAGUCUCCAAAAUCCACUAGUGAUGAAGGAUAUUAUGAUUCAUUCUCGCCUAGACUAGAAGAAGAGAAAAAUGAAUUGCAAACACGUAGAUCAUUCCCAAGAGACAGUUACAGCGGAGAUGCCCUCUAUGAGUUAUUUUGUGACUCUGGAGAAAUUAAAAAAUGGCCCAGUCGAGACUGUGACAUGCCAGCAUCUGGCCACAAUGCUGAAAAUCCUACAUCUAUCUACAGUUUUUGUAUAGGAUCUGAAGAAAAUAUGGCAUCUCAGCCACCAUAUGAUCUGGUGGGAGAUGGUGUUCUCCAAAGUACUUGGAACGGGAGAGAAUGUUUGUUGAAACUAUGUGACACUGAACUGACUUUAACCAUGGGAAUGGUCAAUUGGUUAAAGAAGACAGGAAGGAUAACAGAUUCUGAAAUCAAUGAUCAAAAUUCUACUUCUGAUGAAAUGGAAACAAUGGAAAUUGGAUCAAAAAUAGGGAAUGGGACUGAGGCACUUCAGACAAUUGCAUCAAGAGAUGAAAGUUUGGAAUGUUACAAAUCACACAGGGGAUAUAAAGAAAAAGAAUAUUGCAGUAUAAUUAGUCAUAUCAGAGAUUCUGAAAACAUAUUAGCUGAUAUCUUGUCUGGCAACACAUCUGAAGAGCCAGCCACAACUAUUACAGAGUCCAUGGGGGACUUGCCUGAAAAAGGCUUCCCAUUUGAAGAACAUUUGGAUGCCUACAAUGUAUCACAAGCUCCAUGUCAGAAAAUAAUAGGGGUCUGA